AGCGCUCGGAAGGGUGCACCUCGCCGCCCACACACGGAAGUUCUGCCCUGUACCCAGGAGGCGCCUAAACCAUGGGGACGGAAGCCAUGCUUGGACUGACGGGCAAGGACUUCGUGAUCCUUGCGGCCGACGGUCAGGCAGCCUACUCGAUUAUCCGCCUGAAGAACGACGCAGACAAGAUCUGGAAGGUGGGGAAGAUGCUCUUCGCCUGCUCCGGGCCCCCGGCGGAUGCGGGGAACUUCAUGGAAUUCAUUGAGAAGAACGUGAUUCUGAACGAGCUGAGAACCGGCAUCCCUAUGUCCACGAAGGCCGCCGCGAGCUUCACCCGGAACGAGCUGGCCCACGCGCUGCGGAAGGGGCCCUUCCAGACUGAUCUUCUGGUGGCUGGCGUGGACAACGAUGGCCCCAGUCUCUACUUCAUGGACUAUCUUGCCAGUAGCGAGAAGGUGAACAAGGCUGCCCAUGGCUACGGCGCCAUGUUCACGCUUGGCCUCAUGGAUCGCUACUGGAAGCCCAAUAUGGAGGAAGCCGAGGCCAUUGACAUCAUCAAGAAAUGCAUCAAGGAGCUCGAGACGCGCUUCAUUGUGGAGCUGCCAAACUUCAAAUGCAAGAUUGUGAACAAGGACGGCGUCAAGGAGGUGAAGCUUUGAGGCUUGGGCGAGCUAAAGAAGCGAGCCCGGGCAGCGGCGAGGUGAGUCGAUUGCUCCCGGAGCAAUGGGGAGAAAUGUCAGUCUGAACAGGACACCAGGUGGCUGGCACUCGCG